AGAGACAGAGGCGCAUUGAGGCCGCCAGCGCUGAACACAGCUGGCUCCUUGUUCCCUAGUGCUGCUCCUCUACCCCCCAACAAUCUCCCUUUGUCCUCGGGUCCCACCGGCAGGCCACAGCCCAGGCCUGGGGGAUAGCUUGGGCUGGGGUCCAGCUUCCUUCCCCCAUGGUGGGGAAGGAGAGAGGAGGAAAGGAAGAGUGGAGGGGUUAGAGGAGGAGAAGGUGAUGAUGAGUGCAGGAACAAGAAAGUCAUUCGACUCAUCACUGGCCCCAAAGUCCUGAGGGUGCAGAGACUUUGGAGAGCUCCAGCCCUCUCCCUUCGGAUUUCAGUUUGUCUGUUUCUCUGCCUCUAUUCUUCUCUCUUGGAGGCUCUCUUCUCUGACUCCCCUUUGGGGCGGGGGUUGGCUGUGGGAAAGGGGAAGGCUUAAGCACUCCCUCUCUCCAUCCCAGUCCUUAGCCACCUAGCCCGCCUCCUUCUCCCAUCUCCCUGGCACUGCUGGGGACAUCUGGCAGGCACAGUCCAGGGGACCCUGGCCUGGAGCAAUAUUUUUUACCCAUCUAAAACGUCUCUACUUCACCCACCAUUCCGGCUCAAGCCCCCCUCCUCAUCAGUCUUGCACGUCCUCAUUUUUGGAUUUCCGGUUCCCUUCUUGGGACCAGAAGGGAAGACUCUUUGCCUUUUCCAUCUGCUGACCCGGGUCUACCACUCUUCUGCCUAGCCCCCAGCUCCUCUGCAGAAAUGCUGAGUGCCCGAGACAAGUCUCCAGAGGACGGGGGAGCUGGGGGGCUUCGGGGCUUCGCCAUCGACAAGAGCUUUCUCACCAACCCCAAAGGCAUCCUUCUGGAAGUUGAGCUGGCUCUGACAUUCAUCAUGGCCAUGUGCUUUGCAGCCUCCAUCUCAGCCUACAUGGCAGCCCCCCUGCUUGAGUUCCUCAUCACUUUGGCCUUCAUCAUCCUCUAUGCUACCCAGUACUACCAGCGUUUUCAGCGCCUCAACUGGCCCUGUUUGGACUUCCUUCGAUGUAUCAGUGCUAUUGUUAUCCUCCUAGUUGUGUCUUUUGCUGCAGUAGCCUCUCGGGAGGGACCUGCCAUCGCUGCUUUUGUUUUUGGUGUUAUCGUUGUUUUUGUCUUUGUCUAUGAUGCAUUCAAGACCUACCAGACAGAGAUGGCACCCAGAACCACUGAGGGGGACCAGUAGUGAGAGAAUCUCAGAAGUUCUGGUUUCUAUCAUGAAUCAUGUAGUUCCUAAAAGCCUCAGAGACCUGUUGGAUCUCCAGAAGCCCAACCAGCCUGAGGAGGAAUGAGCAGGGGGACAAUACUUCUGCUCCUUGAGGUUCCCUCAAGCCCAGGAAGCAUACAGAAUCCUGAAUGUGUGUUCAUCCAGCUUUCCAGCAACAAGACCCAGGUUGCCACUGGUUCAAAGUAGCAGACUGAUGCUAUAGAUUGCGGGGGAAGGGAAGGAAGAGAAGAGAAGUUGGGGAAGGGGUUGGAUGUGGCUAAGCCCUAGGGUCUCAAAGACUGUUCACAAAUUAAAGGUGUCAAACCCUGA